AUGGCCGCUGUAGCCGUCAACGGCUUGCUUCCCAAUAAUGCAGCUGACAACGAAUCACCACCAGUUUCACCUUCGUUUCAGGUUCAAGUUGGAGUAGCUCGUUCUUUUGUUCCCAACAUUCGCGGCCAAAUCUCUCCAUUCCCUACGACCCCGACAACAGGCCAGAUGCCAAAUCCAUUAGAUCCACCUCCGGGUGUAUCGUAUGCUGAUUUCAUUCGAACUUGGACCGAUGGUCACGUAGUUCGCUGGUUAACUGACAUAAAAUGCGGCCAUCAUGCUGAUACGUUUUCUGCCAACGAUAUACGAGGAGAUAUAUUACUUGAACUAGAUCAGACAACGUUACAGGAGAUGGAUAUUACGAGUAUAGGUGACCGGCUUCGAAUCCUAGCUGCGGUCAAAGCUUUGAGGCUUCGAACUGCCAAAUCAUCGCUGCCAAGUCGUUUAGAUAUCUUUACAGAUUCUACCAAUGGUGAAUUACCCGAAACUUCUCCUACGACGCGGAAAAGGAAUGUCAGACCUGCGCCCUUACAUCUCAAUCCGACCAUACAGAACGACCUUCCUCGUAUCAUCCGUGAACAACAGCCAGACUCCGCCCGGAGUGUUAAUGCACCCGGCUUCGUAAAUCAUCCUGUGCGACCUCUUCCGCAACCUACCUCGCAUGCUACCAGCAAUGGAACUCCGUUAUCUACCACCUCUACUGGUUCUUCUUCUGGUCCAACCCCCCUCAGCAAUCACUCAACUCGCACCAAUCUUCCUCCACUGCCGCCGCCGCCGCGAGGCCAACCUCCUCCCCCUCCUACAAAUCGCACACCUGCACGGAAUAACAUAAACGGUGUCAACGGUAGGCGCACACCCACGCCCGGUGAAAAUGCUCCCAGCCGCGAUCUGCUCUCACCAUCACCCAACAAUUGGGCAGGCUAUCACCUCCCUGCCGAUCCUCGACCAGGAAAUCCCGGCGGCGGAAAGACGCCCCAAUCUUCACGUUCCACGUCACCUUUACCAGCCCGGCCCAACAGUCGUAACGGGAGCACUUCUGUAUCUGUCACAACGAGCCCAAAUAACAAACGUGCCUCUCCCAGUGUCACUAAUCAUCCGUACUCUUCUGGUUUACAGGCACCCAACAGCCAAGGGGUCAUCAAUCUAUCCCCCAUCCAGGAACAGUUCACCAACCCAAGCGGUGUAUCUCCGCCCAAUCAGAACUUUGUUGGCAACCGGCCAUUCAACCCAAGCACACCAUCACAUUCGAACGCUCCUUCGUUGGAAGAUCUUCGACGCAAAUUGGUUAAAUUCUACUUGCCGGAUGAGGGACUGACAUACACCAUCGACGUGGAUACUUGUGUCGGGGGUGUCGAGAUUUUGGAAAAAGUUUUGAAAAAGUUCGGAAAAGGCGGUGGAAGAGGUAUAGGAGCUGAUGCAGAUGCAGAAGGAACGUUGGAUCAUGUCACUACAGAAGAUGGCGGAUUGAGCGUAGACGGCUGGGGAGUGUAUCUAGAGAAUGGUUCAGGUGAUCUACUGAGCGAAGGCGAACUACUGUCAGUUUGCCACGCUCCCCUCGACCAUCCUACUCGGGAAAAUCCUCUCGUACUACGUCGGAUCGCUCGUGCAAGGCGCGACGGCAAUGUGUCACCUUCCCAAUCCAAAUUCACCCAAUCGACAAGCAAAGCGACCAAACGUGCAAGUUCUUACAGUAUACUCAAUGACCUUGGAGUGCAAGAUCCUGAACGAGCUUUAGUGCCUCCCUCACCAACUGCAUCACUCAGUCCGGGUCGUCUCAGUCCAGGAUCUGCCAGCACUAGCCGGCCUUCGAAACUACGCAACUUUUUCGGGCAGCGUCCGCCCAGUGAGCUCAUCACAAACCAUCUAACUGAGUUCUUCCCCAACACCGAGAAGAAGGUUCUGGAGCGCACCAAGAGACAGAGCAUGAUGACUCGCUCUAAUACGGCAUCCUCGCGAAUGUCACGAAUUUCUCGAGUCUCGACUGCGUCUAAAAGAGAUAGUGUGGCGUCGUGGAAUCCUUCAUUACCUUCCAGAUUUAGCAGUAGUACACAAGGCUCUGCUCAUACUAGGAGAGCCUCCUCACAUUACUCACCCAGAGCAUCUCUUUCAUCUCUCCCUCCACCGUUGCCCGACAAAACGUUGAGAGAUGACGCAUCGAUAAUCACCUCAUCUGAAGAACUGCCUCGAAUGUCACUCUCUACAGAAGAUGGCAAAUCAAUCGAUUUAGACAGAGAAGUCGAGGACACGUCGGGUCGUUCGAUUGACAAGCCACAACUCCUUCCGCCCAUACCUUUCCCCAGUGAAUCCCUCUCUGAAUCCCUCGAAAAUCUCACUGGUGCAAGGCCUGGCGCACGCAUGUCUCGUACCUCCUCCAAUGCAUCCCAUCGUCUCAGCUUCAUGACGGAACUACGAAGUAAACGUGAUCGUUCGGACACUGCCAGCCUCAUGACCGUCGACGAAAUCACGAAAGAGAUGGAAAAUAGACGGAUAAGUAAGAGGGAGAGUAUGGCAAUUCGACCUCCGGAGUCAUCUGAUACGGAUGAGUGGACGGAGGUCGAGAAUGAAGAAGGGAGGUCUUCAACAAUGGGUUUGAAUGAAGAUGAUAAGGCAGGGGAUGAGGAAUAUGAUGAUGACGAUGACGAGGACACGUAUCUUGAUGAUGAAGGUUCUGCCAGUGAGGAGGCAGACGAUGAAGAUGAGGAUGGGGCGGCUGGUGAUGCAGCGAAAUUAAAGAAAAUCAACAACAAAUGGAUCAAGGGUGCAUUGAUUGGUGCCGGUUCAUUCGGCAAGGUUUAUCUUGGUAUGGAUGCUUCUACUGGUCGACUAAUGGCCGUCAAACAAGUCGAACUACCUAAUGGUUCCGCUCCGAACCUUGAACGAAAACAAAGCAUGCUUACUGCCUUGGAACACGAGAUUGAACUGCUCCAGGAUUUACAACAUGAUAACAUUGUGCAAUAUCUCUAUUCAACGUUGGAAGACGAUUGCUUGAACAUUUUUCUGGAGUAUGUCCCAGGUGGAUCCGUUACGGCUCUGUUGCGCAACUACGGAGCAUUCGAGGAAACCCUAGUAUCCAAUUUCACCCGCCAGAUAUCGCAGGGACUGAGUUACCUACAUGAGCGUGGUAUUAUACAUCGUGAUAUCAAAGGCGCCAAUAUUCUCGUAGAUAACAAGGGAGGUGUCAAGAUUUCAGAUUUCGGUAUUUCGAAAAAGGUUGACGUUCAGGCUCUUACCGGUGCACGAGUGCAUCGCCCAUCGCUGCAAGGUUCCGUGUUCUGGAUGGCGCCUGAAGUUGUCAAGCAAAGCGCUCACACCCAAAAGGCGGAUAUAUGGAGCGUCGGGUGUUUGGUGGUGGAGAUGCUUACGGGGGAACACCCUUGGGCUCAACUAACUCAAAUGCAGGCCAUUUUCAAGAUUGGUUCAUCAGCCAAGCCUACAAUCCCUUCUGAUAUCUCUUCUGAGGCGCACGAUUUUCUUACCCGUACAUUUGAUGUUGAUUAUGAGGCUAGACCCUCUGCAUCCGAAUUACUGCAACAUCCUUUCAUUACUUGCAAGUCUUGA